UGGUGUGUGUAUACAGUAUGUAUCUGUGUUGUUUGGUCAGUGACAGUGGAAACUUCCUGUGUUGUGCUGCUGCCAUAGACAUUGCUCCCUUUCAACAGAGCACCCUCUCCCUCUCCUCCCCUCUCCCUCUCUACUCUCACUCUCUUCUUCCCUCUCUCCAAUCACUCGCCUCUUUUCUUCCCACUCUCCCAUUUUUUUCUCUCUGCCCUCUCAUGGGAUUUCACUGAGCUGAAGCCUUGUUACACUGUUUCUCUGUAAGAGGGUUUCAGGCAGCUCUCUGUCUGGUCUUGCUCCUCAUAAAUGGCAUCAUGGAAAACUCAUACCGCCUGGUCUGCCCUCUGUGGAAAAUAUGGUUUUACCCCAUAAAACAGUAACCUUGUCAGGAUUUAUAGUGUGUGUGGCCACAGAGCAGUGUUCAUAUCAGGUGGUUCCUGGUUCUAUAAUACAGAGAGAGAGGGAAGAGAGGAGGGGGAGUUACAGGUGGUUCCUGGUUCUAUAAUACAGAGAGAAAGGGAAGAGAGGAGGGAGAGUUACAGGUGGUUCCUGGUUCUAUAAUACAGAGAGAGAGGGAAGAGAGGAGGGGGAGUUACAGGUGGUUCCUGGUUCUAUAAUACAGAGAGAGAGGGAAGAGAGGAGGGGGAGUUACAGGUGGUUCCUGGUUCUAUAAUACAGAGAGAGAGGGAAGAGAGGAGGGAGAGUUACAGGUGGUUCCUGGUUCUAUAAUACAGAGAGAGAGGGAAGAGAGGAGGGGGAGUUACAGGUGGUUCCUGGUUCUAUAAUACAGAGAGAAAGGGAAGAGAGGAGGGAGAGUUACAGGUGGUUCCUGGUUCUAUAAUACAGAGAGAGAGGGAAGAGAGGAGGGGGAAUUACAGGUGAGAUUAGUAUGAAAAUGAGAUUCUUCCUCCAUAAUGUAUUGUGUUUUCUCCUGGCUGUCUGAUGGGAGCUGGUGCUGUGGUGCAGGUGUGUAUGUGCAGGUGUGUAUGUGUGUGUGUUAGUGUGAUUGGUGCCUGCGUGGUCUGUGAAUGCUGGCUGUGGGAGUGGAGAGCAGCAGGGGUCAGAGACAGACUGCCCUCAGUCCUCUACACGGUUUGUGUGUGUGUUGACUGCAGUGAUUGAAACAUUGUGAUUCUAGGAAGAGUAAUGUGAAAGCUGUAUUGACUUUAGUCCUGGUUUAUUCAAUACUGUUUUAAUCAGUAUGACAAUUAAAAUGAUCAGUUAAAGUUGAGCCAUGUAAAGGGUUAACUGUUCCAGGAAGAGAAUCACACAGCAGUAUCUGGUGAGGAGGAGCAUAAUUAAUGUCACUUUGUUGAACUGAAUCUAAAGUAGAGAGACACAGUAUAUUGUGUACGGGACCAAACUAUCCAGCACAUCAGACGUCUAUUACAGCAAUACGUUCAGACUAUACUCUGACUCUCCUAGCCUUUGACACAACAAACAGGAAGGACAGAGAUAUCAUCCACGAAAACAUACAGAUAUGGCCUCCUCCAGCAGUCUCCUGUCUGAAGAGCAGUUCCUGUGCUCUAUCUGUCUGGAUGUGUUCACUGAGCCUGUCUCUAUUCCAUGUGGACACAACUUCUGUAAGGCCUGUAUCAGAGGAUACUGGGAUACCAGUGACCUGUGCCAGUGUCCAAUGUGUAAAAAAACAUUAGAUAAGAGACCAGAUCUGUUUGUCAAUACUUUCAUUUCUGAGAUGGCUGCUCAGUUCAGACAGACAGUUGAAGUUAAAACUACCAGCAGCCCACACCAAUGCCCUGACAUAAUUGUAGAAUUAUCCUGUGACAUCUGCACUGGGAUGAAGCUCAAGGCCCUGAAGUCCUGUCUGGUGUGUCUGACCUCUUACUGUGAGACUCACCUGGAGCCUCAUCAGAGAGUCCCAGCCUUAAAGAGACACAAGCUGAUCAACCCUGUGGAGAACCUGGAAGACAGGAUGUGUAAGAAGCACGAGAGACUCCUGGAGCUGUUCUGUAGGACUGACCAGAUGUGUGUGUGUCAAUUCUGUACUGAGACACACCACAAGACUCAUGACACUGUCCCUCUAGAGGAAGAGUAUGGAGAGAUGAAGGCUAAACUGGGGAAGACUGAGGCAGAAAUGCAGCAGAUGAUCCAGGAGAGACUGAAGAAGGUUCAGGAGAUCAAACAUUCAGUAGAUCUCAGCAAGAGAGAAGCAGAGAGAGAGAUAUCAGACAGUGUACAGGUCUUCACUGAUCUGGUUCGCUCCAUUGAGAGAAGCCAGGCUGAGCUCAUUGAGGUGAUUGAGGAGAAUCAGAAAGCAGCAGAGAGGCAGGCUGAAGGGAUCAUUAAAGAGCUGGAGCAGGAAAUCAUUGAGCUACAGAGGAGAAGCACUGAACUGGAGCAGCUCUCACACACUGAGGACCACCUCCACCUCCUACAGAGCUGUCCAUCCCUCUGCACCCCUCCACCCACCAAGGACUGGUCUGAGAUCAGUGUUCACAGUGAUCUGUGUGUGGGGACUGUUAGGAGAGCUGUAUCUCAGCUGGAGGAGACACUGAAUAAAGAGAUGGAGAAGCUGCCUGAAGUCAAACUGAAGAGGAUUCAGCAGUAUGCAGUGGAUGUGACUCUGGAUCCUGAUACAGCACAUCCCAAUGUCAUCCUUUCUGAAGAUGGGAAACAAGUGAGACAUGGAGGCACACGGACAAAUCGUCCUAAUACCACAAAGAGGUCUGAUAAAAGUGUAAAUGUCUUAGGAAAGGAGGGUUUCUCUUCAGGAAGAUUUUACUAUGAGGUGACAGUUAAGGGGAAGACUAAGUGGGAGUUAGGAGUGGCCAGAGAGUCCAUUAACAGGAAGGGGAAGAUCACACUGAGCCCUGAGGAUGGAUACUGGACUGUCUGGCUGAGGAAUGGAGAACAGUACAAGGCUCUUUCUAGCCCCAGUGUCCCACUCUCCCUGAGAGAGAAGCCCCAGAAGGUGGGGGUGUUUGUGGAUUAUGAGGAGGGGCAGGUCUCCUUUUAUGAUGUGGAGGCCAGGUCUCAUAUCUACUCUUUCACUGGCUGCACCUUCACUGAGAAACUAUAUCCAUACUUCAAUCCAUGUCUUAAUGAUGAUGGUAAAAACUCUGCCCCUCUGAUCAUCUCUCCUGUCAAUGACAGACUGAGUUUUAACCUGAAAAUCUAAAUGGCCAGUAAAAUAAAUACAUUUAAAAUAGUAAUAAUCUGUUGUCAUACAUCACAAUUAAUAUUUCAGACGCACAAAUAUCAUGCCUCCAAGACAUGCUAACCUCUCACUAUUACAAUAAUGGGAGGUUAGCAUUUUGUUUGCGGGGGGGGUUACGAUAUUUUGUGUGUCUAACUAUCUCACUCAUCCUUAUUCACGAUUCAUUCAGGAUUAUCUGUCAUAAUGGUAGGAUCAACAUUAAUCUAAAAGUUUUUAAAAACCUAUUCUAUUCUUUUAUAAGUGACUCCAAAAUGACACAAUACAUUAUUUACAAAUUAAUUUAUAUUUGGUACAAAAUAAUGUCAAAUGCAACCAAAACAAACAGCAAAUGGACCUAACAAAUGUGUAGAGUUACAAGUGUGAUGUAGUCAUUGUGUGCUUGGAAUAUGGGACCAAAUACUCAACUUUUUACUACUCUAAUACACAUAUAAGUGAAUAUGUCCCAAUACUUUUGGUCCCCUAAAAUGGGGGGACCAUGUAUAAAAAGUGUUGUCAUUUCUAAAUGGUGAAACCAGUAUGUACACAACUACCCUCAAAUAAAAGCAGAGAAUCUAUACUUUAACCGCAUAGUAAUAGUUUGAGUUCAAAUACAAACUUUUGUAGUAUAGAGACAAAAUAAGAAGAAAUGCUUCACUGUCCCAAUAAUUACAGAGGGCUCUGUAUAUAGUAUAUACAUUUUUUGUUCCGAAAAUUUGGGGGUGCAAAUAAAACCACCCGCGGGUCAAUUUCUGCCAGUUGGGGAAUCCUGAUGUAGCGGAUCUAUUUUCAGGUGUUUCUUUUACGUCCGUCCGUCCGUCCGUCCGUCCGUCUGUCUGUCUCACACUAUUGGCCCCGCUCUGAUUGUUCUUGGCCUCGUCUUGCAUGAGGCCCCACUGGAUUCCAUUUUCUCCCUAUGUUCCUGCCAGGAGCACCUCUGUGUUACACAGCGUGUGAGGGAUUAUUCCUUCCUGGGAAUCCUGCAAAUGAAUCUUAAUCACCGUGGAAACAGGCUAGUGGAACAGAUAGGGAGGGAGGGACAGAUCCGGAGAUGGGAAUUCAGGAAGUUGCUCUGAUUGGGUUGUGGUGGUGUCAUUCAGUGAAACAGAGGUUCUGUUCUCUUGCUAUUGUAUUUCAUCAUAACUGUGUGUUGUCGUGUGUGUCUGUAAGCCUGCAUAUUGACGGUAGCAGCAGCACUGGUCUGAGCACCCAGACCUCUACUAGCCUAUAUUUAGUCUGUGUGGUGGACAUUGUUUUGAGCCCAAAUGGACUACAGAGACGGAUAAUAAAUGCAGUGAGAGAGAGUGAGUGUAUCAGCCAGCAAAGCAGUUACCCUGCCAACUGCAGUGCUUCUAUUCUGGGGCACGGGCACAAAAUGGCUGCCGUUACUCACAGGAUGUAAAUUACAUCUGCCUUGAGACACUCUUGAGAUGCAGGUCUAUGGUUGAAGACAGUGGUACGGGAGCAGUGAUGCGGGAGCAGUUGUUUGUAAAUGACGUCAUCAUUUCCUCAAAGUUUGUACCGACAGAUGUAGACAAUUGAUUAGCUUGUCAGUAUAGAAGAUGGAUAAAAUGCAUCAUCCAAUUGCAAAAUAUGCCCACUCAUAUUUCCUCAAGAAAAUGUUCCAUUUUUAACACCCUCAAACAUAUAAUUAGGAAUAGGCUACCUAAAGUCAAAAUAAGCCACCAUCAUUGUCAGUCAUGAAUGAUAAUUCUUCACGUUUAACCGGUGAAACGUCCAAACUGCAUCUCCAAGUCAGCCAUUUGAUUGAUCUCAAUGAGUUUCAUGGGAAUAUGAAGUAGAUCUUCUUGAAUGACUGUUUUGUGAGUGAAUUAGAACAGAUGGUGUUAACACACUUAGCCUUUCUUGUUUCAAUUAAAGCAUAUAUCCUGCCUAGUGGUGCACUCUGAGUUUUGGCGCAUGACAUUUUCUUUUAUGACUUUUCAGCUUCAGCUAACCAUGAUAAUCAUCAAAAUCUCAAAGAGAAGACAUGAAAUAAAUCUUUAUUUGGUUUGUCA